AGAUGAAACAGUUCUCAAGCCUCACAGCACCACAGCACGCACGUACAGUACCAACCACAGAACCAGAUGACCUCACAGUUCCUAACCAUGGCGGCCUUCUGUUUCGCAGAGCUGUGUUGUUUAGGUUUCGACCUCUGUUAGGUAUCCAUUGGUCCUACGUUACUUGUGGUUCCCAACCAAGCCGUAGAUCUCGCUUUUAGGGUUGUUCUUACUAAGGUUGCUCUUGCGACUAUCUCGGAGGGUGCUCCUGAUGCGUCCUUACGAGGUUUCAUGCGUGGCGAGACCAGUCCAGCAUGCUUUCAGCACAGGCACACCGCUUUGCUCCGCGAAUCGAGGUGCCUUUUUUCAACUCUCGGAGAAGGUUACGAAGUGGUGUGAUUCUGUCGAGGCCGCCGUCGUCCAAUGGAUUAUCGACUUCGUUGCCACCAGGGCCAUCGCGUUGUUUGUCUUGCUGAAUCCUCGACUCUCUUCGCAUCAGCAAUUUCGUCUACAUCAAAUGAUGUCGAAGGCAGUUGAGCGGUCAUGGCUCCGAAGGAAGGUUGAUGUGCGAUUGUUGAAGGGUAUUUUGGCACUCGCCUGCCCAAACCGAGAUCUGCUCAACCUAAUUGAUUACCUGUCCGAGACUGCUGCUUCAUUAUGCGACAGCCAGAUCUCCUCUGACCUGCAGCUUUCCCCCAGUGACAUCUGUCUACAUCCGGCUCCUUGUAGGGCUACCUGCCAACCUGACCCCUGUGCACGAACACAGUCCCCCGUCUUUCGACCGCCUCCUGUCCCUGUCAAUACACCUCCCCAAUCCACGGCGACUUCUACUGGCCGUUUUACAAGUUCGCCACAUCUGUGCAGUGGAGCCAGCAUCCUGCAAUUAGAUGCGAAAACCAGGAUAUUGCAGAGCAAGCACUGUCCAGAAGUUGCCAUCAGCAUUGGCGCGCCCUUGAGUUGCUAUCAAGCCGAAGGCAGUAUGCCUGAGGCGUUUGGUGGUAGGGAUUUAGGCAUGGGUGCUGCAUCUCUCUGCAGUUGCACCGAUCUUAUACCGGGUAAGGAGCCUGGGAUACCUCUACAGACCUCUUCUCUACCACGAGCAGCAGCAGCAGCAACAACCUUUCUGACAACCGCCAGAACAACAGAGGGGAAGACAGGGUUGCCUUCAGCUUAUACAGCAAGAGAGAGUGAUCCAUCUACACUCUGUCAAGCCAUCUGCCAUUCUCAGCCGCUCUUGCGAAGCCUGCAACAAACACGUGUACCUGGCCCGGGUUAUGCUUCACAGUUUCAAGCUGCUCCAAGUUGCUGUCAUCGUGGCACUUGUCAUCCUCAACAUCCUCUUGCAGCUGUUCAGCCUCUGCAGUCACAGGAGAUUUUAAGAGUGUCAUCAAGAUUAGCAACAACAACUGCAGCAGCAGCUACGACAGUACCACCAGCAGUAGCAGCAGCAGCAGCAGCAGUUGCAGCUUCCAUGGUAGCACCAGUCGCUGCUGUCUCAUCAUCCCCUCCACUGGUUCUGCUACCAAGAACGUCAAUUCUAUCCCAACCAAACAGCUUAACCAAUGCCAGCCAUAGCUUCCUUCCUUCCAGCAUGCCAGCUCAGCCAUGCCCAUGUGUCGCCACAUCAUCUUGCCCAUGCCAGUUACGACGCCUGGCAGUACUAGCUUCACCGUCAGUACCAGCUGCUCCCAGAACAGGCGCAGUAGCAGCAGCGACGGCCUGUUGGUGGUUGCUGACAGAGUGGUUUAUUGUGGACCGUGACUUGGUGGCAGCCAUGCCUCCUGCAGUGCAGCGGUCUGUGCUGGAGGGGCUGUGUGGGGACCACAUGGAUGGCAUGCUCAGGCUUGUGCAUGCUGCAUCAACCAUGCCGCAUGCCUGCUACCACCAUGCUGUGCUGCCUGAGCUGCUGGCUUGGUUCAGGGAGCAUCCCCCGACAUGCUGCAUCUCGCUGGAGCCUCUCGUGUCAGAGGAUGGACGGGUUUGUCCAGACGUUGUUGCUGUGGUGCAACGAACGCGCAAGAGUCCGAGCAGUGGCAACCAUACCAGCAAGCAGCCAAAGCUCCAUGCAUUCUUGUUCCGAGGCAAUGCACUUUUCGACUGGCUGGCUGUCUCUCCCCAGCCGCUCAACCCAAAGACACGUGCCACCAUCCUCCCAAUGGAUAUUUACCGCUUGUCAUAACCUCUCUGAGGUAGAACUCUUGAAUUGAAUGUAUGGUGUUGCCCGCACAGAGCUUGUCUGUUCUGUGGUAUGGCGUGGGUUGCUGGGCAUGAAACUGGAACACGUUCUGCUGCUGGCCUGGUUUAACCUCUGCAGGUUUCAUUGCUGAGUUUUGUUAUGAUGGUAGGUGGUUUGAGCAGGUUUUUAGAAGUUACAUGUCACUACCGAAGUGAUGUUGCCUUUCCACAGUACACUCACAAUCUUGAAUGCGCAUGGGCAAAAGUUGUUAAUUUAUACAU